GAUAAAGCUUAAGCUGUCUGCACUGAAAAUGAAGCUGCACUCCAGUUUAACUUGGCUCUUAUUAAUCGAACACCUUAUAGUUUGCAACGCAUGGAAAUCUUGGAUUGCAAAAAAAAAUAUUAUAGUCAUUGAAAUGGAACAGGAAACUGACCCAGUUUUUCCAUCUGAUUUGAAUUAUACUGGUUAUAAAUACAUUGAGUUAAAAACCCCUAAACUCAACGUGCUGACGACGGAAAUGCAAUCAACGAUCUCUACUAUGGAAAACUUUACGGCGUUACAUGGAUGGAUUAAUAGUGUGCAUUUGAUGGCGCACUUCAGUUCGUUGAAAAUUUACAAUUGUAGCACAAGUGAAGUUGUUAUCAAUCCAAACAGGACAUACAAAAUGGAACACUUGUCGAUCGUGUACGGUAAUUUGGCAAAACUUCCCAAACAUUUGAAUGUGUUGAAGAAUUUGGAGAAGCUUUACCUCCACGAUAAUAAAAUCGAGUUCGUUGAAAUGGCAGAGUUCAAUGGUUUGAAUAAACUCAAGCGGCUUGCCUUGCAAAGAAAUAAGGUUGUCGAGAUCAGAGCAACGCUACAGAAUCCAGCGAUUCUUCCCAAGUUGGAGAUAUUUUCUGGUCAUGAAAACCGUCUAGUCGAUGUUAGUUUUGAACAUUGGAAUACAACGUCUUUAGGAGAAAUUUGGCUGCGUGAUAAUCAACUGCAGAUUGCACUCUCAUUUCCCAGUGCAUUUCCUGCAUUAAAGAAUGUUCAUAUUUAUAACAAUCCGUUCAACUGCCAAUGGCUUACAUCUACUAUGAAAGAACUCAAAGCUCGUAGCAAUGUAACCAUUUACAGUGAAAGUGAAACCAGUUGCGACAAAAAUGGACCCCCGCACGAUGAGCUUGUUCGCAGGGUAAAGCUAAAGGAAACUUUCGCAACAAAACCUUUUCGCAUUUGGAUGACGCACUUGGAUGCCAUCAAUCAAAAUGUUACAGCAAAUAUCGAACUAAUGCAAAAGCAAAAUGUAUCACUCCAUAACAGCUAUAGUGAAAUGCAAGUCAAAUUUGGUCAUUUAUCAGCAAAUAUAGAAAAUUUUCAAAAGGAAGUAAAACACAAGUUUAUGCAAAUAACUAAAGAGUCCAACACCUACGAACAACAAAUGAAUACUUCCUUAAAAAAUCUGGAAAUAUCGAUGAAAUUCGAAAUUCAUAACAUCACAAAGGCAACAAAUUCAGAAGGCAUCAAAAGUAUAAAUUUACUAAAAAUAAAGGAUCAGGAGCUAGAAGCACAAAUAAAGGCAUUUCUUGCAAAAGCAGAAGAUCUUCAAACAGAGUUAAAAAGUUUAUAUCUACACCAAGAGCAAGAAUCGGCGAAACUGAGACAAGAAAUGGCAACACUGGAAAAUGAGAGAAAGGCAGAUCAUCAGCAAUUUAAACAAAUGUUUGAAGAGUUACAACACCAAAUGAACGCAUCCUCAAUCGAGCUUGAAGACACAGCUUAUGGUGGAAUUUUCAAACUGGAACGAUAUUCGGCGAUUUUUGUAAUUAUCGGCAUUUUCGGUUUCUUAUAUCUGUUUCUUAUAUAUGGCGAUUAUAGUAAAACGCCGAAAUCCAACCGGAGAGAGAGAAACUUUCAAGAACAAAGUUCCAAUUGAGUCUUUUAUGGAUGAUCCCCAGCAAC